UCAAGACAACUUCACCCUCUUGAUCUAGCAGCCUACACUGCAGGCAGGUGCACUGUCAGUUUGUCGCAAUGAAGCUCACCGUCGCGUUCCUCACCACCGCGCUGACUCUCUCCAUCCUGCUCGCCGGCGCGCUCGCCAGGCCGCCCCCGGCGCCGGUGAAGCCAGAUGCCGGGGGCGGUGCCGCGCCGGCUCCCCGGGACAAGGGCGGCAACCUCACCGACGUGCUCACCCUCGUCGGCCCCUUCAGCACCUUCCUCAUGUACCUCCGGCAGACCAACCUCGUGGAGGUGUUCGCGCACCAGGCGUACCGGACCGAUCAGGGCAUCACCAUCUUCGUCCCCGUCGACAUGGCCUUCGCCGCCGUCGAGCCAUCGGUGCUGACGGGGCUGACGAAGAACCAGCUGAAGCACCUGCUGAUGUACCACUCGCUGGCGAAGCACUACACGCCGGCGGAGUUCGAGGGGCUGAGCCAGAGCAACCCGGUGACGACGCUCGCCGGCGCGCGGUACGCGGUGAACGUGACGUACGACGGCGGGGUGGUCCACGUGAGGUCGAGGUGGGCGAACGCCAAGGUGGUCGGGGCCGUGUACGAGACGGCGGCCAUGGUGGUGUACGAGCUGGACCGGGUGCUGCUCCCCGACGUGCUGUUCCGCGCCCACCCGCCCGUCGCGGAGACCCCGCCCGUGCCGGCGCUGCCGUCUCCCCCUGCGGCCGUGGGCGGCGACCCGCCGCCCGACGACGACUACGUCCCGUCGUACGACCACGUCGCGCCGCCGCCGCCACCGGAGCCGGCGGGGACGACCGAUGCCGACAAGUCGUCGGCGCCGUCGAGCUACGCAGCCGCCGCGGCUCUCGGCGCGAUCGCCGUCGCCGCCCUAACGGUGUUGCACUGAAGCUGUGGCUGCUGAUGGCACUACUGCGGUUGCAUGCACCGUACAUGCAGCCGCACGUCGCGAUACGUAGAUCGCUUUAGUAGUCAGUGUUUUUUUUUGGUACUUAGUGCUCGUAGUAGUAUGUAACUAUGUAUCUACGUGUAAAACUCACGAGAUCAGCGUGGAUGCCGUGCGUACGGUUGCUGCUGCGGUGAACUUGAGACGCACUCGGACGAAUCGGUGAGCAGCCAUGCAUUACGGCAAUCAUGGCACAGGCCUCUCCUUGUGGCCCACGAGCUGCAGCGGAAAGCCCAUUGGGCGUUGGCAACUUUGGCUAUGUUAUUUUAUUAUUUUUAGCUAUUUUGGAGAGAGAAGUUUUCUAAAAGGAUGAAGUGUCCUUUGGCCGUGUUCGGCCAUGGAAUAAGUUAACUAAGCCUCUCUCUUUUUCUUUUUUACACACAUGUUUUCCG